AAUAUCGAAUGAUGGAAUAUUGCGUGAAGAUCGCAGUGGUCGUCGAGGAUGUUGAAUUUAACUUUUCUUAAUACCCGAUCAGGAUCAAUCGGGUCCCAGUGAGAAAUGAGUCGUCGAUCGAUGUCGAUUCGAUCGACGAAUCAUUUCUCACUGGGAUGUAGUCAGUUGAGUCUAUGGAGUGAAUGAAUGGCAGAAUUAAUAUUCGUACAUAAAAUUUUGUUACGGACUUAGGAAAUAUGUGAGAAAUUACAAGCUUCAGCUUUACAUUCAUAUAAUACUAAGUAUAUAUCGUUGGAAUAUUGAAGAAUGAUUAUGAAAGCGCGAUCUAAUCCGAGAGCAUGCCGUUUAGAUCGGAGAGCGGUUCGUCCGCCAGUCGUCUCGACGAAAUCGCCGACAGGACCAAGGACAUCUUGGCAAACGGCGGAAGCGGCAGAUCCUGGACGGACGCUACGCCGUCCUCGGAGUCCGAGCAGGGCGAGGCUACCGGUUUGACGGAGGAUCCGACAAUCAGGGCGGCAAAUGUGGUGUGCCACGUUCUGGUACUGAACGCAUGGCGACGCAGACGCGCCGAGAUCGCGCAGUUGGAGCAACAGGUGGAACACCUGCACUUGCAGAUCGAGUUCCUGCGCCGGUUGCUGCUCGCCGAGAGCGACCGAGUCGGCAGGCUGAACGGCGAGCUGCAUCGGGAGAAGGCGCAGCUCGAGGAGGCGACGCGCGAGCGCGACGCCGCGAGAUCGGAAAAAGAAAAGCUGGAGACUGAGCUAAAGCGCGCUGAGGAGGUCUCCCAGGAGCGAUCGGUCACUGUGGGAAACUUGAAGAACGAGCUCUUGACCGUGCAGGAUCAGCUAAAAGCACUCGACGCGCAAAUGGCGAAGGACCGAGAGAAACUUUUGAAGUUACGCGAGGAUAAGCGGAUUCUCCUGGAUAAAGUAUCAGCCAGCGAAGCACUAGUGACGGAACGUGGCGUUCGGGCGGAAAAAGCGGAAUCUGCCGUCGAGAAAUUGCAGUUGCGAUUAGUGGCACAGAUAUCUCUCGCAGAGUCUACGCAGGAACAGCUCCAGCGUACUUCCAGGGAGCUGCAGACUGCGGCGGCCGAGAGGCAGAGACUGGAAAAACGUUUGAAAGCUAGCGAAAAUAAUGCGAAGACUCUGAGUUUACGCGCGAUUGCCCUGGAGAGCCAGUUGGCUGAUCGAGAGGUUGAACUUCGCCGUGUUGAAAUGGAAUAUCACUCGCAAAUGGCGGAAUUAAAUGAGCUGAAAGAACAAUUGCUACGACAAUCUCAAGAGAGUGGCUGGAGCAGUCGGAUAUUGCAGAUUGCUGGAAGCUUCAUGCGCGUGUCAAUCCUACGGACGUUUGCGUUUCUAUCCAGUGCCACUCUGCCGUUGCCGCCGUAGAUAAAGCGCUUAAGCGUGAUCGCAAUUCUCCGAGACGUGGGGCCUGGAUAGCCGAUUUUAAUCGGAGAAAACCGAAUCGAAGGUUCGUUUGGUACGAACGUCUUCCGGUCGUGAAGAAAAGAGAGUAUUGUAUGAUCGGAAAUGACAGAUUGGAUACUGGCAAGAACCAGGCAGUCGCGGGAUAGUCGAGAAAUUGACAAGCAUUAACAUUUCAUAUUACAUUUAAAAUACAUUGCAAUUUUUUUUUUAGCCAGUAUUUAAUUUUUGAGGAGUAGAGAUUUUACAUAUACACUCGACAUACCCUGCGCGCGCAUACGUACUGUGGAUAAAACAAGCAAUUUUAUUAUAUGUCGUAUAGAUAUU